UCAAAAGCUCAAUAUGGUAUUAUUAAUCGCAUUCCGCACUGAAUUUUCGCAAAUCUCGCAAACAAAGAUGUCUUAGCUUAGUGCGAUCGCCCCUAAAAAACUAGAACUCCAAAAAGGACACUCAACAACACUCGAUAAACCAGAAGCGAAGAACCCUAAAGAGGAGAUCCCAGCAAGAUGGCCAUGUCCAAGGUGAUCCGCGUGCUGGAGAAGUCGAUUGCCCCCUCGCCGCACAGCGUGCUCCUGGAGCACCGUCACAAGAGCGACAGCAUCCUGUUCGAGUCGCAUGCGGUGGCCCUGCUCACCCAGCAGGAGACGGAUGUCAUCCGGAAACAGUACACCAAGGUGUGCGAUGCCUAUGGAUGUCUAGGUGCCCUCCAACUGAACGCCGGCGAGAGCACCGUGCUCUUCCUCGUCCUGGUCACCGGCUGCGUGUCCAUGGGCAAGAUCGGCGACAUCGAGAUCUUCCGGAUCACCCAGACCACCUUCGUCUCGCUGCAGAAUGCGGCGCCCAACGAGGACAAGAUCAGCGAGGUGCGCAAGCUGCUCAACUCGGGCACCUUCUACUUUGCCCACACGAAUGCCAGUGCUUCGGCCUCCGGAGGAGGCACUGCGUCGCGCUUCGACAUUACGCUUUGCGCCCAGCGACGCCAGCGAACGGAGGAGACGGACAAUCGGUUCUUCUGGAACCGCAUGAUGCACAUUCACCUCAUGCGCUUCGGCAUCGACUGCCAGUCCUGGCUGCUCCAAGCCAUGUGCGGCUCCGUGGAGGUCCGCACCGUCUAUAUCGGUGCCAAGCAGGCCCGCGCGGCCAUCAUUUCCCGCCUGAGCUGCGAGCGCGCCGGCACGCGCUUCAAUGUGCGCGGCACCAACGACGAGGGCUACGUGGCCAAUUUCGUGGAGACGGAGCAGGUGAUCUAUGUGGAUGGCGAUGUUACGAGCUAUGUGCAGACCCGCGGCUCAGUGCCCCUCUUCUGGGAGCAGCCGGGCGUCCAGGUGGGCUCCCACAAGGUGAAGCUAUCGCGGGGAUUUGAGACAUCCGCCGCCGCCUUCGAUCGGCACAUGAGCAUGAUGCGGCAGCGGUAUGGCUACCAGACGAUAGUCAAUCUGCUGGGCAGCUCGCUGGUCGGCAGCAAGGAGGGCGAGGCCAUGCUGAGCAACGAGUUCCAGCGCCAUCAUGGGAUGUCCGCGCACAAGGAUGUGCCGCAUGUGGUGUUCGACUAUCAUCAGGAGUGCCGCGGCGGCAACUUCUCGGCGCUGGCCAAGCUCAAGGAGCGCAUCGUGGCCUGCGGGGCCAACUACGGCGUCUUCCACGCCUCCGGCGGUCAGGUGCUGCGCGAGCAGUUCGGCGUGGUGCGCACCAAUUGCCUGGACUGUCUGGACAGGACGAACUGCGUGCAGACAUAUCUGGGACUUGAGACGCUCGGCCUGCAGCUAGAGGCUUUGAAAAUGGGCGGCAAGCAGCAGAACAUCUCGCGCUUCGAGGAGAUCUUCCGCCAGAUGUGGAUCAACAAUGGCAACGAGGUGAGCAAGAUCUACGCCGGCACAGGGGCCAUCCAGGGAGGUUCCAAAUUGAUGGAUGGAGCAAGAUCUGCGGCAAGGACAAUUCAAAACAAUCUACUGGACAAUUCCAAGCAGGAAGCCAUUGAUGUGCUCUUGGUGGGCUCGACGCUCAGCUCGGAACUGGCGGAUCGAGCGCGCAUCCUGCUGCCCUCCAACAUGCUGCAUGCCCCCACCACCGUCUUGCGGGAGCUGUGCAAGCGCUACACGGAGUAUGUGCGUCCUCGAAUGGCCCGCGUGGCCGUGGGUACCUAUAACGUCAAUGGAGGCAAGCACUUUCGCAGCAUUGUGUUCAAGGACUCGCUGGCCGACUGGCUGCUCGAUUGUCAUGCUCUUGCACGCUCCAAGGCGCUUGUAGAUGUGAAUAAUCCUUCCGAGAACGUUGAUCACCCGGUGGACAUCUACGCCAUUGGUUUCGAGGAGAUUGUGGAUCUAAAUGCCUCCAACAUAAUGGCCGCCAGCACGGACAAUGCCAAGUUGUGGGCCGAGGAGCUGCAGAAGACGAUCUCGCGGGACAAUGACUACGUGCUGCUCACCUAUCAGCAGCUGGUGGGCGUGUGCCUGUACAUCUACAUCCGGCCGGAGCAUGCGCCGCACAUCCGGGACGUGGCCAUUGAUUGCGUGAAGACGGGAUUGGGCGGAGCCACGGGAAAUAAGGGUGCCUGUGCCAUACGCUUUGUCCUGCACGGCACUUCCAUGUGCUUUGUGUGCGCCCACUUUGCAGCCGGUCAGUCGCAGGUGGCGGAGCGGAAUGCCGACUAUGCGGAGAUCACUCGGAAGCUGGCCUUCCCGAUGGGCAGGACCCUCAAAUCCCACGAUUGGGUUUUCUGGUGCGGCGACUUCAACUACCGCAUCGACAUGGAAAAGGACGAGCUGAAGGAGUGCGUACGCAAUGGAGAUUUGCCCACAGUCCUCGAAUUCGAUCAAUUGCGCAAGGAGCAGGAGGCGGGCAAUGUGUUUGGCGAGUUCCUCGAGGGAGAAAUCGGCUUUGAUCCCACAUACAAGUACGACUUGUUUAGCGACGACUACGACACGUCGGAGAAGCAGCGUGCGCCCGCCUGGACGGAUCGGGUGCUCUGGCGAAGGAGGAAGGCUUUGGCCGAAGGGGAUUUCGCCGCCUCAGCCUGGAAUCCCGGCAAGCUCAUCCACUACGGCCGUUCGGAGCUCAAACAGAGCGAUCAUCGUCCGGUCAUCGCCAUUAUUGAUGCUGAGAUCAUGGAGAUCGAUCAGCAGCGUCGACGUGCCGUUUUCGAGCAAGUUAUCCGGGAUCUGGGUCCACCGGACUCCACGAUUGUGGUGCAUGUCCUCGAAUCCUCUUCAACGGAUGAGGAUGGACCCACCAUCUACGAUGAAAACGUUAUGUCAGCUUUGAUUGCCGAGCUGUCGAAAAUGGGCGAGGUCACCUUGGUGCGCUAUGUGGAGGACACCAUGUGGGUCACCUUCCGGGAUGGAGAAUCUGCCUUAAAUGCGGCCUCCAAAAAGAGCAUUCAAGUUUGUGGAUUAGACCUUGUUCUAGAGCUGAAGUCAAGCGACUGGCAGCAUUUGGUGGACAGCGAGAUCGAGCUGUGCACCACCAACACCAUACCGCUGUGCGCUAAUCCUGCCGAGCAUGCGCAGCUGCUGCAGGCCAUCACGCCCGAGUUGCCGCAGCGUCCCAAGCAGCCGCCCACACGUCCCCCAGCCCGCCCCCCGAUGCCAAUGUCGCCAAAGAACUCGCCACGCCACCUGCCGCACGUCGGCGUGAUCAGCAUUGUGCCCAAGCCGGCGAAGCCACCGAUGCCGCCGCAACCACAAUCUCAGCCGCUGAUUCCAUCGCCGCUUCAGCCGCAACCGGCACCGCCUCGUCCGCCAGCGAUGGAUAAUACGCCAUCCUCGAAAUCGCAAUCUCCCACGGAACUGGCAUCGGCCAGUUCGUCGACCUCGUCGUCAGGCAAGGCUUCGCCCACAGCUCCGUCGGCUGUGCUCUCCGGACCGCCGACACCGCCACGCCAAAUGCAGAGCAAGCAGACGACGCCCACGCGCCAAGUGGCGUCGCCCAAGGAGGCGAUUCCACCCGAUUCCACCGCCUACGAGACCGCCAGCAACAUUUACGAGGAGAUCCAGGAGGAUGUCCCGGCGCCACGCCAUCCGCCGCCAGCUGGGCCGCCGCCGGUGAUGGGAGCACAGAUGGGUCCGCCGCCACCGCUGCCGAAUCGCCGGGGCCCACCACCCAUACCAAAUAGGAGCGGCAAUGUUCCGCCGCUGCCCACGCGACCCGCCAACAACUGAGCACUAAAGGCUACGCACACGGGCUCGCUGUCUUGCACUCCGAUUGCAUUCCGAAUCGCUGUAUUUAAUGUUAUAUAUACUCGAAUAUAUUGGGCCAACCGAGAGGAGAAGGAGGAGGAGAACUCCUGGCAAUAUCUGCACUUUGCAUGGAACCUAUGUUACUAGUGUGUUACCUGUUUGUUUGUUUCAAACUAAAUUUAACCUAGCUAAAGCCCAAAACGACCCCCAUUCUGUUACACUUUUUGUACUUGUUUACCGCUGGCCAGACGUACUCAACCCAAUUGCACCGGAUUUUGCCGAGGACGAACAAAUAAUGAAAUAUCUAAGCGACAAAGUAUUAAACUACUCUGCAUAAAUGUAAUGUUUAAAUGAAUUAUAGCCGUACUAGUCAAAUUAUGAAAUAAAAGUAUAAACACUGGAACUAAAGGAUUGCGAUAUGAAAACGAUAUACUUACACAAAAUAUGUAUCCAUUGUUAUUGAACAAAACAUUAACUAUUAUUCCACAUUGUUAAACUAUCGUUGUAAUCGGUCAAUUUGAGGCUACCGUUUAGAUUUGUGUUUCAGUUGACUAAAAAAGUAUAUCAAUGAAAUUGAGAUAAAAUUGCAAAUUGCUCUGUUCAAACGUUGAAGUUACGCCUAAGAUUAAAUUAAUCCCGAAUCGAAUGACAAACCAAUUAGCAUACAACACAAUAAACAAGUAGUCGCUACUCCAACGGCAUACUCGCUAAAAA